GAAACUGCUGACCAGGGAAUCUAGCUGACCCCAGACUGUGCCGCUUCAACCCAGAGCAGCCUGAUUUCAAAGAAAACGGAAUUCAACUGAUAGAGGUUGACCUGGGCUUGGGGUGUGAGUGGGAGAGUAUAGUCUAAUGUGGUUCUGGAGAAAACUCGUGCUGUGGACAGUGAGGCUUACAGGAAGUCCAAAAAAUGGGAGAAACAGAAGAAAAUAUCAGCAGAUGAAACGUGUGGCCAGAAAGCAGGGUGGGACUUAAGGUGGGGGGUCAGGAGCCGGAGUCCUGGGGGAGGCAGGGGGAGGCUGCAGUCAGGCCACCCUGGAGAUGAGGGAAGAUGACAACAUGUGUAAAGCUGUUUGAGGGGAUCAGGGUGGGGCUUGUUACAGUGAUGAGGGGACAAUGGCUUCGGCACACAGAGCAGAGACUCACCUGUGGUACCUGGAUCCUGUAAAGGGCCUGCAGAAGGUGGAAUUCUGUCAGGCAUGGGGCAGGCGGGAGGAGGCGGGCAGGAGUGGUUAUGUGAGGAGCUGGGGACAAGGAUGGAGGCUGUUCUAGCAAUCAAGGAGGGCGAGGGAAGGGAGAGUUCCAGCGGGCAAGUUGUCAUCUCUCUGUGAUUAUUUUCCUCCCAUAAGAGUGUGAAGUCUUCCCCAAGAAGAAUGAAAAGAUGGAGUUCCCUUUUGGGUCCCUGAAAACUACUAACUUCCGACGGUUCACCCCGGAGUCACUGGCAGAGAUUGAGAAGCAAAUUGCUGCCCAUCGUGCUGCCAAGAAGGCCAGAGCUAAGCAUGGGGAGCGGAAGGGCCAGGAUGAGAAGCCCAGGCCUCAGCUUGACUUGAAAGCCUGUAACCAGCUGCCCAGGUUCUAUGGUGAGCUCCCGGCAGAACUGGUCGGGGAGCCCCUGGAGGACCUAGACCCAUUCUACAGCACACACCGGACAUUCAUGGUAUUGAAUAAAGGCAGGACCAUUUCCAGGUUCAGUGCCACUUGGGCCCUGUGGCUCUUCAGUCCCUUCAACCUGAUCAGAAGAACAGCCAUCAAGGUGUCCGUCCACUCCUGGUUCUCCAUAUUUAUUACCAUCACUAUUCUAUUCAACUGUGUGUGUAUGACCCAAAACGAUCUUCCAGAGAAAAUCGAGUAUGCCUUCACUGUCAUUUACACCUUCGAAGCUCUGAUCAAGAUACUGGCGAGAGGAUUUUGUCUAAAUGAGUUCACUUAUCUGCGAGACCCCUGGAACUGGCUGGAUUUCAGUGUCAUUACCCUGGCGUAUGUUGGUGCAGCGAUAGACCUCCGAGGAAUCUCAGGCCUCCGGACAUUUCGAGUUCUCAGAGCCCUGAAAACUGUUUCUGUGAUCCCAGGACUGAAGGUCAUUGUGGGAGCCCUGAUCCACUCGGUGAGAAAGCUGGCUGACGUGACCAUCCUCACUGUCUUCUGCCUGAGUGUCUUUGCCUUGGUGGGCCUGCAGCUCUUCAAAGGGAACCUUAAGAACAAAUGUAUCAAGAGGAGCACAGAUCCCCACAAUGCCCAUAAUUUCUCAUCUCAAAUGGCAGGUGAGCAGACACUCUGUUGUAGACUAGCAUGGGAAGUGCUUUGUUUCUUCCUUUCUUUAGAAAAUGUUUACAUCAAGAAUGGCACUACUGAGCCUUUAUUAUGUGGCAAUGGAUCUGAUGCUGGCCACUGCCCCAGCGGUUACGUCUGCCUGAAAACUUCUGACAAUCCAGAUUUUAACUACACCAGCUUUGAUUCCUUUGCGUGGGCGUUCCUCUCGCUGUUCCGCCUCAUGACGCAGGACUCCUGGGAGCGCCUGUACCAGCAGACACUCCGGGCUUCUGGGAAAAUGUACAUGGUCUUCUUCGUGCUCGUCAUCUUCCUGGGGUCAUUCUACCUGGUCAAUCUGAUCCUGGCUGUGGUCACCAUGGCAUAUGAGGAGCAGAACCAGGCAACCAUUGCGGAAAUCGAAGCCAAGGAAAAGAAGUUCCAGGAAGCCCUCGAAGUGCUGCAGAAGGAACAGGAGGUGCUGGCAGCUCUGGGGAUUGACACGACCUCACUCCAUUCCCACAAUGGAUCGCCUUUAGCCCCCAGAAUCGCCAAUGAGAGAAAGCCCAGAAUAAAAUCAAGGGUGUCAGAAGGCUCUACUGAAGACAGCAGAUCACCCCAAUCCGAGCCUUACAACCAACGCAGGAUGUCUUUCCUAGGCCUUUCUUCCGGAAGACGCAGGGCUAGCCACGGCAGUGUGUUCCACUUCCGAGCACCCAGCCAAGAUGUCUCAUUUCCUGAUGGGAUCACAGAUGAUGGAGUCUUUCACGGAGACCAUGAAAGCCAUCGAGGUUCCCUGUUGCUGGCCAGGGGUGCUGGGCAGGCAGGUCCUCUUCCCAGGAGCCCAUUGGCUUCAUCUCCCAACCCUGGGCCUGGACACAGAGAAGAGGGACAGCUCACAGUGCCCACUGGAGAGCUUGCCACUGGAGCUCCCGAAGACCUGGCCCGCACCGGCUACCAGACGUACAUAGGCAAAGAGACUUGUGUGGCUGCUUCCCCUGAGUCUGGUAGGUUCAGCAGAAUUGUGCUAGCGCAGUCUGAUACCACAUGA